ACGGUUAUCAUAUUUCUAUUAUCCGGCCAAACCUCAUCUCGCCACCAUGCCACGAACAGAUACAACAUCUCGUACCUCUUUCACUCGUCCGAACUCCGUGACCUAUGAGCUUCCAGACCCCUCCUCUUCAUCCACAGUGGUUACAAUCACACUCCCACCAAACUCAAAUUGGACAUCUGGUCUCCAGUAAGCUCAUCUUUCCAUGUCCAUGCACAGUACAACCACCUGUACAUCAAAUCUACCAAGCUCAAACUUCCCUCCCAUCAGAAUCCCUCUUUUCAAACCCUUCCCCCAGCACUAACUCCCCCCUCAGCUGGCACGAAACACACACCGAAUACCUCCGUAUCCUCUCCGGCACCGCCCUGAUCACCCUCUCCCACACCACACAAACCUACACCUCGACCUCAGGCCGCAUCACCGUGCCCCGCUACGCGCGCCACGAAUGGCGCCGUGCCUUCCCCGACGGCCCGCCGCUGGUGGUGCAGGAAUGGACUGAGCCUGCUGAUGGGUUGAAGGAAGUUUUCUUUAGGUUAGUGUGUGCUUUGACUUUGAUUCGAAUCCGUUUUGGUGAAUCUGGAGAAUAAGUGACUGAUUGCUUAAUGACUAGAAAUCUCAGCUCAGUAAUAGAAAAAGAAAUAGGAGGGGAAGGCAAGCCGCCGAGGGAAUGGUGGUUAACGUGGCAGCUAUUCGUGAUUUUUUGGGGGUUGGACAAUUGGCCCGUCUUAUUGUCAUUCCCUGACAUCCCAAUUGUCGGAAAGCUUGGGGUGAACGAUGUGUUUGAAUGGGUAGUUACACAUUCCGUG